CACACUGUCUCUCUCUCUCUCUCUUCGCUCGUUCGCUUGCUUGGUCGCGUUUUUGAGAUCAUUUCAAAGCGUAUCGUCAUCAAAAAUCGCAGUUGCUCUCAAAAGUCGUGCACUUUUCCUGGAGGAGCCUCCUCCUAGUUCAGAAAAAAAAUCCCAUCAUCCAUCCCCGCGUUUCGUCUUCUUCGCUAUCGUCCCGGGCGAGCUCGCUCUCGUGAUCCUUGUGUCUGCCAGGAAAGCUUAAUCGAGGGAAGCCAUGAGCUUCUACAGUAAGCCGUCCCCGGUCAAUGGAUCAUUGUGUUAUUAGUUGAAAAUCCUAUCUUUGUUGUAUGUUUCACUCCAUUUGGUGUCGGCGUAGGUCCUUUGUCGGUUUAUUGAGGGGCGGAUUGAGUUGGAGACAAUGUUGGAGGAGCCUGAGCUAUGUGCUUCUAAAAGCUUGUCGCCAUUUCGCGAGGAGAGCGGUGAUGAGGAGCUGUCUGUUCUUCCUAGGCAUACCAAGGUCAUUGUGACUGGUAACAACCGAACAAAAUCCGUCUUGGUGGGUCUUCAAGGCGUAGUGAAGAAGGCUGUGGGCCUUGGUGGUUGGCACUGGCUGGUUCUGAAAAAUGGAGUUGAAGUCAAGCUGCAAAGGAAUGCAUUGAGCGUGCUGGAACAUCCUACCGGGAAUGAAGAUGAUGGUGAUCAAAACAUUGACUCCAGCACUGACUCUGACAUUGUUGAAAAGGAGCAUGUUAUCUCUCCUAAUACUAAUUCCCACAAGCCGGGAAAGCCAAAAGUACGGCAUGCAAAGCCAUUGGUUACCCCCGCUGCAAGGAAGUCUGUCAUCCUCGGCAGUUACAGAGACGUCCGAUCAAUCAUUCAAACGCCUCAAGUGCUGUUUUGUGGUUUUCAGAAGAUAGAUUUGGCAAAACUGAGCACAUACGCGUUGUGGAAAUACUGCAGGCACUACAAACUUAUAAGCGCAUCUGUCAGCCCAAUGAGGAACGAAAUGCUCCACAUCGCGGAGCGCCAUUUCGUAUCACAGAGAGUAAACGAGAAGGAAGUGAUUACAGACUUCAUCCGCAUGGCCAAGCGACGAAAGGGGGAAGAACAAUUGCUGCAGCGCUCACCACCUCUCAAAAUGUCCUGGAAUUAACCCCCUCACAACUAAAUAUAUGACCACCAAGACUCUCGUGGGGAGGAUUGGGCGUGGUCAACCGAUUCUUGUUCAUCUUUUGGAUGCUAACCCUUUGAUGUAGUUGCUCUCUCUUCCAGCCCCGGGUAACGUAUGGGACCUAGUUAAGUAGUAAAAGCUCAUUCAACUCCAUUAGGAUUUAGAGCAUAAGACGGUCGGUGCUAAUUAUAUUCGAUCCUGGUGUGGAUGACUUGUCUUGACCCGGUCGAGACGGAGAUUUAAAAAGAAAGAAAAGAAAAGAAAAGAAAGACAAGACUUUAUUUUUAUAUUGAAGCCUGAAUGAUAUUAUUCCUA